CAACCAAAUUGGGUUAAGCCUAACUUAAUAGUAGUUACUGAAAUAAUAUACAAAUAUUAUUAUGCAACAUAUCGCACAGCACCAGAGAAAGACAAGUGGCAUAGCACAGACCCUAGCUGCUCCGAUAUGGCAGGAGGUGAGGGAUUGAUUGGCCAUUAUAGAGCCGAAGAUGCACCAACGACAAGGUUGCCCAGGCAACCGGUACGCCAACGCGGUUACAACCCUGUCAUACAGCCACCCACCACCGCCACUAGGUGGACGAUCACGUGAUCGAUCGAUUCGGUUACCCUUUGAAAUAUAGGCACUAUUGUCUCUCGAUCUUGUUCAUCAUUAUUUAUUAAUCAUCAUAUUUCAACAUAUUUUUCAAUCACUUUUCGUGUUCUUGCUUUGCUUUGUGGAGUUAAUUAUAAUCCAAUUGGCGAUUUAUAUACGCGUGUACAUGUUUGUAUAUAUAGUAUUCUUUUGAUAUAUCAGAUAUGGCGACUGGAUUAUACACUGCGGCACCAUUUUUGAGUAGAUUUCAGGGAAAAAGUUCAGGUCUUUCUACGAAUCUAGGGGGAAUUUCUGGCAAUCCAUGUGGAUGGACUGGAAAUUUCAUCUUCAUGGUUGAGCUUCGAAAGAAGAUCUUAACCUUUCGAGAUAUUAUUGAUCUUCCUCCUUGUGACGGCUCAAGUCCCAUCAGCGAGCUGGUCAAGGGAACAGUAGAAGAUCUCCACAAGCUGUAUCCCAAUGUUGUUCCGUACAAUGUUCUUGCACCAGAAACUGAAAAUAUUUCAAUAGAUCAUGAAUUAGCUCUUUUAUACAAGGCAUUAAAAGCCAUUGGAGAUUCAUGGGCUAAGAAUCAUAAGUGGAUAAACAAUUGGGGACAUAAUGCAGGGGAUUGUUUGGAAAACAUGAUCAGUUUGGAGCAACUUGGGGGAAAAGUGCUAGCAGAGCUUAGAUACAUGACUGAUAUUGCUAAAGAAAUGUUCGAUGUGAUGGAUGAAGAUGAUAAGAGCAAUAACGAGGGCAGAGUUCAGAGCUCAACCAUUGGAGAUAUAUUGAUUGAAUCUUAUUCUGACAACAAACGCUUGAGCUGUCCUUCACCAAAUACUCCAACUUCAGCAUCUCCUGAGCUUAGUUCUUUUGGUAUGGAGCUCAGCGAAUUCAGCCAUGAUGCUUCUAGCUCUCAGUCACUUCUCCUGCCUUUUAGACUCAAGGCACUGGAAAAUUUGAAGCCUGUGGGAAUGAAACACCUCUUCUCAUUUGACAUGUCUCCCUCUUUAGUCACUCAUGAUUCCAGCCACUUAAUAGAAAUAAACAAGAAAGAAGCUCAACAAGUAGCUGAAGAAUCACCACUUCAAUCAAACUAUGAAGAGAUGACAGAUUUAAAAGAUACCAAAAAUUCGAUAAAGUUUACAAAUAACACCUCAAAUUCAAUACCUGAUCAUCAGCCAAUAGCAUUGGCAGCGGCAACAUCACCAUCACCAUCAACUCUCCCCUCACCGCCGCCUCCUCCUCCACCACCAGUGCUACCAUCAAAUCCUCUUUCAAUUAAGCCAGUAGUUGCUCCUCCAUCACCACCAUGUGGCCCACCUUUAGGUGUAGCUGCAGCUAGGCCUGUUCUGGCACCGAUAAGAUCAAAUGCGCCAUUGCCACCCCCGCCCAUGGCUCCAACAAAAGGAGCCAUGCCGCCUCCUCCUCCUCCACUGGGUGCUUCUAAAGCCCUUCGUCCAAAGAAAGCAGCUACCAAGCUGAAGAGAUCAUCCCACAUGGGAAGCUUGUACAGGACUCUCAAAGGGAAAGUGGAAGGCUCUAGCUUAAGUGGUAAACAACAAGGGAAAAAGUCUAAGGUAGGAGGAGGGCCUGCUGGAGGAAAGCAGGGCAUGGCUGAUGCUCUGGCAGAGAUGACAAAAAGAUCAGCUUAUUUUCAACAGAUUGAAGAUGUUCAAAAGCAUUCGAAAUCAAUCAUGGAGAUUAAAGCUGCUAUCAACUCCUUCCAAUCAAAGGACAUGUCUGAACUUAUCAAGUUCCAUAAGUAUGUGGAACAACAUCUGGAGAAACUGACCGAUGAGACUCAGGUGCUGGCAAGGUUUGAAGGUUUUCCCUCGAAGAAGCUGGAAUCAUUAAGGAGUGCAGCGGCCUUGCAUUUGAAACUAGAAGAUAUGGUCAAUAACCUUGAAAAAUGGAAAGUGGCUCCUCCUUUAGGCCAGCUACUUGACAAGGUUGAAUCCUUCUUCACCAAGGUCAAAGGAGAAAUAGAUGCAUUGGAAAGAAGCAAAGAUGAAGAGGCUAAGAAGUUCCAAAGCCACAAUAUCACAUUUGACUUCAAUAUUUUGAUACUAAUUAAGGAAUGCAUGGUAGACGUUUCUUCUAGCUGCAUGGAAUUAGCACUUGAGGAAAAAAGAAAGGUAAAAGCAAAAGAAAGUGGUGAGAAUGGGAGGUCUAGUAGUAGUAAGGGUGAUCAAGAGCAAGGAAAGGCACACACAAAAAUGCUAUGGAAAGCAUUUCAAUUUGCAUUUCGUGUGUAUAGCUUUGCAGGUGGACAAGAUGAUCGAGCUGAUAUGCUUACCAAGCAACUAGCACAUGAAAUAGAGAUUGAUCCUUUUUAAGAGUAGUAAUAUAAAAAGCUAAUUAUGUAAAAAUAUUUUUUCUCAAAAAAAAAUAAAAAUAAAAAAUUAUGUA